CCGCUUGUGGCGUUAGUAUGAUACUCUCCAGGUACUUGAUGGUUUUCUGGACCAAUUGAUAUCAUGGGAUUGGAACACACAAUCAAGGUGGGAUGCGUUGUUGUUUUACCAAUCCAAUCUACCUACCAUUCUUUUAGUUGCUGAUGCUGAUGCCGGUGCUGCUUGGGACAAGUCCGGCCCAUGUUGUGCCAUUCCAAGACCCAAGACUCAAGCUCGGAUGGGAUGGGAUGCAAGCGCAGGCUGCAUUGUCUGACGGCUCUGUCGUGGCGUUCGAUAUCCCUCCCCUUCCUUCCCACUACUUUUUUGACACCUCAACUUUGUCUGUGCUCUGACCUCCAUCAUCUUGUCCGUAUCUCGGGCAUCUCAUGAUGGACUACUCAUCAAUAACUUGUUUCUCUCAAUUCCAGCAACACUCUCACCUCAUCCAUAUCCAUUUCUUCAGCGGGUCUUGGCUGGUGGUGUCACUUUCCAGCAGACAGACCGGACCGAUCAACGACUCAAGUAGAGCAGGCAUUAUCAAGGGUCAGGAAUUGUCAGGUAUGGAGGGGCAUGGAGGGGCAGCUUUUUCCCUUGGUUUCCAGCGAGAAAAAAAAAAGUCAGCUACGGCACCUUAUCCCUGGUCCCUGCUCCUUGCUGGCCUGCCACCCUGCCCCUCGUUACAUCACUCUCGCAGCUACCCCCCGGUCCAGCAGCAGCAUCAGGUCCGAUACCCUCGUCGACUCACCUUUGGCGGCUUGCCUUUGCACGCUUUGCUCGCUCUCACACCUCUCUCUCACACUGCCACUGCCACCUCCAUGCAACAACCACCGUGGCACCGUAGUCCACGCCAAAUUUCUGGCGCCUUUUUUAUGCCAUCUUCUCACCGGUCCGGUUUAUUUUGGUGGAUUUUUGUUAUUAUUAACAUCCUCAACUGGAUUCAAGACACGACAUGCCACAGGGUUCAAACAGCUCAUUCGCGCACACCUCACCAUUCAUCUCGCGCCAAAGCUCCCACGGCCCCCCCUCCUCCGCCUCCCCUCCACCCUACCUAUUCUGAGGAAAGGUACCUUACCGUAUGGUCCGCUCGCUCGCUCCCACCGCACUCUCUUACUCAAAAGUCUAGCUCAGCUUACCUCAAGAUAUCGAACAAAAAAAAAAACCCCCCAGGUCCAUAAAUCACUCAAUGCUCCAUCGCUCAACCCGCCAAGCUCGACUGAGCCCAGCUAAUGAAACACGUUGCCUGGUGCAUGAGGCACUUCCAGCCUCGACUCGACCGAUUUUAGCUUAGAGAGAUAUGAUGAUCGAGAAGGCCCGUUUACGACUCCGUUCUCGGUCACCCCCA